UUCGAGCGCCAUUUUCAAAAUUUCGGAUAUUAUCGUAUUUGCGUAGAAUUGUGUUUAAAAACAUGUCUUCUGAAGAACUUCGCCAGACAGCCAAAAUGCUUGCGAAAGCUUUAGACAGUGGGGAUGAUUACAAACAGCUUUUAAAGGCGAUUGAAGGCGCGAAAAACAAUAGCGAGCUCAUUAAACAGCGAAAUAUGGAGGUAAAACGUUGUGUUCAAGCGCUGGCGAUGCUGGAGGAAAAGACAGGGAAAAUGGCUGCUAUGGGCAUACAGGAAAGCAAGGAAAACGACGAAAUUAUUGCAAAGUUAAAGGAAGAAAAACAAAGCCGGGCUGGGGAGAUCGAAAAGCUAAACGCUGCUCUGACAUCGUUGGAAAACUCUAUACGAGAAAUCGGUUUGGAAAAUUCGAAAUUGCUCGAGGAAAAGUCUGCAAUCCAGCAUCAAGCAAGCGAUGCUAUGCCAAAAACGAAGUUCUCCUUCAGCCUGUAUUCAAACAUAACGCGGCUGCGUUGGGAUUACGAUAUGGACGACGAUAAAUUGCAAGGAUUCGUGACGUCGCUUCAUGAUGUACGGCCUUUCACUUUGAACUUGAAAGAACACAGCAGACAUUUCGUAGCAAACUAUCUGUGGGACGUUAUCGCUUCUGCCAAAAGUUCUCAGCAAUGAAUAUGUUUUUUUAUAGCAUGAUUAUAGCAUCAGUAUAUACACGAAAGAAAUAUAUGGCUUGUCAAAGCCUGUUCAACAUUGAAUACAAUGUUUUACAGUUUAACGAAGUACUUUAAUUAAUGGCACAAAAGUACAUAGGUACUAGUCCUUAGAGGCAAUCUGUGUUUAUCUGAUGAAGGCAAUGCAUAUUUUCCAGGCGGUGCUCUAUUCUGCCACAAAACCGCCAAAUUCUUGAAAGUUGAAAUGAAAUAUUCACAUAUAAACAACAUGGUUGAUGUGUUGAAUUUUUUGGCAGCUGUGCUCUUCUUCUAACUCCUAGGAAAUCUGCAUUUGUCCAAUCAGAAUGUAUAACACCUUGUUUACAUUUUUUCCAAUCUUGCCUGUCUAGUUUAAUUCACUUUACACAGCUUCAUUAGAGAGAAAUGGUGAUAAUAAAAGAUUAAGACUUAAAUUAUGCAUUAUUUAGUAAUAAAUGGUAAUAGUAAAAUGCUUAAAACUUUUGAAAGACAAACUGGUCAGUAUUCUGAUCGACAUGUCCAGUUUGUACAAACAUGAUUUUAGAGCUCUUUAUCAUUGGCAGCUUUAUCAUUGGGAGGUGAACAAUGUACAGCAUGACCCAAAAAACCUAAAAUUGUUGAA